GUUUUGUUAAAUUUCGAGUCAUCAAGAAAGCCAGACACCGGGAAGGAGGGAAAAUAUGUAAAUAACGAACAUGGGAGUAGUUUGUGUGUUUUCCUGCCCUGUGCCUGAGGGCAAGAGUGGACAGCAGGUGGUGGAUGGCCUCCAGAAACAGGUGGAGAUGAUGGGGGCUAGCAAGGCAGGGAACUUUCUGGUUGACUGUGAAACUUACCAGUCCAAUCCUCAGAACGUCAUGCAGACAGCUCAACAGUGUUUGGUUCACAUCUUCCACAACAGUGAACAUCCGGCAUCCUGUUUCGCUGUUACAGAAUCAGGACAGAUUUUAGUGUCGGACCUUCUCUUUGAAGAUUUAAUGUCAAAAUUAACCAUGGCGAAAGCUGGCAGAGAGAGCUUUUAUUCUCAGAGAAAGGGAUUCAAAAUUGAGUCAAGGGGACAGCGAUAUGAAAUAAAGGAUUUCAUUAUCAAGAUAGGCUCCGUUUCUUUGGCCUCCAAUUUCAGAGGAAUUUUGGUUGAGGUAGAAUAUUGCCCUUGUGUUAUCCUAAACGAUUGUUGGAACCUGAUGAAAGAACUUCUGCAGAGUCUGGUGGGGAAUUCAGCAGAUGCUCCCCCGUCAGCUUUAAAACACAAGCCAGACACCAUCUAUACACCAUCCGAUACAAUUCUACAAUAUGUAGAACAUUUUAACAAUUUCAGGAAGGCAGUGUCGGCACCUCCACCAAGCAGGUGAUCCAAGGUCAUUCGGGAGUGGAUUCUGAGGAGUGUUGUUCUAGUGUGGAAUUGUCAUUGUGGCAAGGUUUCUGCAAGCAGUCCAGAUUCUGUUCAAAAACACUAGCAGGCUACCAUUACUGAUGUUUGAGAAAGGUGCAAUUAUUUUCAGUAAAAUAAUUUUGGACAGUUUAUUUUUAAGACAUGAAUGAGUUAUAGAAUAAUAUUUUGCAUGAGAAUUUUAUGAAGGUUACAUUUAACUGGCAGAUUUUUCAUGUUCUCUGACAAGGCUUCCUGAAACAAUUUCUCUUUCAUGUUGAGAAGCAAGAUAGGAAAUGUAUUCAUUGCAGUGUGACAAAUACUAUGUACUAGUCUGAACAUCAAAAUGCCUGAAAUAUAGAGUGCAUAUUACAUGUAUAUAGAGAAUGAAACUGGUAAGCAGUAUGAAAUGCAGGGGUUAUGACCAUUGUUAAAGAUUUACAUGUAUCACGAGCAUGGAUGAGGUAAAACUAUUUGUGUCCACAUGAACAAUGUCCAUUGUCUUUGGAUGUAUUUUCAUAUGGUUAUGAAGAAAAGAAAAAAAGAAACAAAAAAAAAAACUAUUGGUGUGUGUUUGAUUUAUUCAAUGGCUUUUUAAAUCAUAUUCAGAAUUAAAUCAUUCCCAACAACAUGAUGGACGUGAUAUAUGUAUGUAUGAAGCUUGGUACAGAAAAUAUGUUCUCUCAUGAGCAUGUGAGAUUUUGGCAUGGAACAAUAUAAUGGUGCUGUUGCUCUGGUGAUGUCUAGUCUUUAAGAACUCUUUUCAGCAGAUCCUUGUCUUGGACAUGAUAUGGCACAGUCACUUUUAGGCCUGGGUUUUCCUCCAUAGUUCUACAAAUCGUCUCUUCAGCCUUUCCAUUUCCAGC